UAUAAAUUCUUUGGUUUGUCAAUACCUUGCCCUCAUUUCUACUAAAAAUUCUCAUCCCUAACUCUCUCACUCUUUCUUCAAGUGUUGCCCACAAUCAACUUUUGUCAAUGGCAAUCGGAAUGGAUAUGAUGUCGGUACCUUGGUUGGAAAAAUUGUUGGCGAUGACAACAUUCUUCACAGCAUGUGAAGUUCAUUUCAAUAAGACCAAAAAUGAGUGUAACAAGUUCUGCCUUGAUUGCAAUGACCGUGCAUUAUGUGGAUCUUGCAUUAAAUCGGGUCACAAAGAUCAUCGAGUAAUCCAAAUAAGGAGAUCAUCUUAUAAUGAAGCUGUUAAGACAACGGAUAUUUACAAACAUGUGGAUAUUCUUGGAAUUCAAACAUAUGUGAUUAAUAGUUCAACAGUUGUAUUCUUGAACAAAAGGGCUCGUACACAACCUAAGAGGAAUAAUAGGGUUGGUAAAUGUUAUAGUAGUGACUCUCUUUGUAGGAUAUGUGAAAGAAAUCUCGUCGACACUUCUUUCUUUUGCUCUUUGGCUUGUAAGCUUGCAUGGAUAAAAGAGAAUGAUGGCUUUUUUGUGAGCGCAAAAGAAAGAGAAGAAUUGGAAAAACUACUUGAGGAAUCCAUCAAAGUAUCACCUGCAAAAGAAAAAGCCAAAUUGGUCGAACAAAAUCGAAAACGAAAACUGGAAGGAGACGAAGAAGAUCAAGAGCGGGAAAAUGAAGAGGUUUCGGAAGAAAACGAAGAAGAUGAAGAAAAAGACGAAGAAGAAAGUGUACUUUCUAGUAUUCGUCCCCCAGGUUCACUUCGUAAACCAAAUUCAAGAAGAAAAGGAAUACCUCAUAGGGCACCUUUUUUUUAAGGACCUAAAUUAAAAAAUGUAAUAAAUUAAAUAUUUAAAUAAUACAAUCAUCUUUGAUGAAUUUCUAGCUGGA